AUGCGGGCGGGGGCGUACACCAUCCACCAGUCGCUCACCGCCGAGGCGGCCGCGGUGCUCAAGCUCGCGCUCGGGAUCGCGCGCCGCCGCGGCCAUGCGCAGGUCACACCGCUGCACGUCGCGUUCGCGCUGCUGAGCCCGGCGUGCUCGCCGCCGCCGCAGCACCCGGGCGCCCAGUCGGCGCCGUACGGGCUGCUCAAGCGCGCGUGCCUGCGGUCGCACCCGUCGCCGGCGGCGGCGGCGGCGGCCGCGCACCCGCUCCAGUGCCGCGCGCUCGAGCUCUGCUUCAACGUCGCGCUCAACCGCCUGCCCACGUCCGCGCCGCACUCGCCGCCACCGUCGUCGUCCGCGCCGUCGGGUGUGGCGCCAUUCGCGUCCUCGCUCAUCCAGCCUAACCCCACGCUCUCCAACGCGCUCGUCGCCGCGCUCAAGCGCGCGCAGGCGAACCAGCGCCGUGGCUGCGUCGAGCUCCAGCAGCAGCCGCCGCCGCCGCCACCACCGGUGGCCGCCACGGCGCACCAAGGCGGCAACCAGCAGCAGCCGCUGCUUGCUAUCAAGGUUGAGCUGGACCAGCUCAUCAUCUCCAUCCUCGACGACCCCAGCGUCAGCCGGGUGAUGCGGGAGGCCGGCUUCUCCAGCUCCACCGUCAAGAGCAACCUUGAGGAGGAGAGCGCGCUCAUGCUGUCCACCUCGUCGUCCUCUCCGCCGCCUACCAUUCCUCCCCACUUCUUCCUCGACCCCAGCAUUGGCGGCAAUGGUGGCGGCGGCGGCUUCAUGCUGUGGCCGGCGCAGUUCCUGGGCUCGCCUGGCAUGGCCGUGCCAUCGUGCAAGGAGGACGUAAGGGCGGUCUUGGAGGUGAUGGUGCGGAAGCAAGGGAGGCGGACCAAUCCCGUCGUCGUCGGUGACUCGGUGUCAAUGGCCGAAGCCGUCGCCGGCGAGCUCCUGCGCCGUCUCGAGGGCGGCGACGUCCCGGACGAGCUCGCCGGCGCGCACCUCCUCAAGCUCCAGCUAUCCUACGUUCACGUCCGCCUCAUGAGCCGCGCCGACGUGGACGCCAAGGCCGCGGAGCUCCGCCGCAGCGUGGACGCCGUCAAGCGCGGCGGGCUAGUCGUCUACGUCGGCGACCUCCGCUGGGCGCUCGACGAGGACCACCACCACAACCACAACCACCCAGGCUCCGACCACCACAACACCGCCUCCUCCUACAGCCCCGUCGACCACAUGGUCGCCGAGCUCGGCCGCCUCCUCGGCGACCUCCGCGCCAGCGUCGCGCCGCCGCGGGGCCGCGUCUGGCUCGUGGCCACGGCGAGCUACCAGACCUACAUGCGCUGCCGCCGCCGCAGCCCGUCGCUGGAGUCCGCGUGGGCGCUCCAGGCCGUCGUCGUCCCCACGGGCUCCGGCACCGGCCUGGCCCUCAACAGCCUCCACCCCGCAAGCAAUGGAGCUCCCAUGCAGCAAGCCAUGGCGGCGACCAACCAAAAUCAGCAGCAGCAGCAGCUGAUUGCGAGUCCUUUCGCCGUGGCCGGCGAGCCAACGGCGUUCGCAGCGGCGAGGGACGAGCAGGAGGACAAGCUGCUGGCGCUGUGCACCGAGUGCAGCCGGAACUACGAGAGGGAGGCGUCGGCGGUGAAGGCGGAGGCGGCCGACGAGGAUGGCCCGCGCUCCGGCGGCCUGCCCGGCUGGCUGGCGACGGAGGCACCCAAGGAGAACUAUUUGAUCGAGCUGAAGAGGAAAUGGAGUAGGCUGUGCAGAAAGCUUCAUCUCUGCGGCGGCGGCGGCGAUCUGUGCUCUGCUGCGGCGUUUGGAGCUGGAGUUUAUGGCUCGGGACCAAGCCUCCCAUGGUGGUCAGCUUCCUGCUUGAUGCCGGCCGGCGGCGGACAGGCCAAGCCGAGCAUUGCGGGGUUCUUGGGCAUGGAGGCGUUGCGGUGGUCGCCGCCGCCGGCGUCGGCGAUGCCUCACCGGGGCAUGGGCUCUCUGAGGGAGCCGGAGUGCCAGGACGUGACGACGGCGCUUGCGCUCGGCAGCCUCCCGAUCUCGGACUCGGCGUCGUCCUCCGGGGGCGGCGGCGGCGGCGGCCGCGCUGUGGGCAGCGAGAGCGACGGCGCGGCGGUGCGCGAGCUGGCGCGGAGGCUGCGCAAGAAUGUGCCGUGGCAGCGCGCCGCCGUCGCGGAGAUCGUCGACGCGGUGUCCGACGGUGCCCAUGGCGGCGACGGGAGGAAGGGCGUUUGGCUGCUCUUGAAGGGGAACGACCACGCCGCUGUGCGCCGGGCUGCGGCGGUGAUCGCCGAGACGCACUGUGGCGGCGCUGACCGGCUCGUGACCGCCGAUCCGAACAAGUUCGGCUGCGCCGACGAUUUCUUCUCCGACGUCGUCUCGAGAGCAUUCAUGGCCGGCGGCGGUAAGCUCGUGCUCGUCGUUGGCGACGUCGAGCGCGCGCCGCAGCACGUCGUCGACUGCCUCGUGGCGGCGUCGAGGAGCGGCGCUCUGAAGGACAAGCUCGGCCGAGAACUCGAUCUAUCCGACUCGAUCGUCGUCCUGACGACGUCGAAGCUCGCCGAAGCGGCGGCGGUCGGCGGCGUCAUAAGCCUACGGCUGUACACGCCGGAGGAGUCACCGUCCGGCGAUCUCAAGAGGAAGGCCGGCACCAAGUCACCGACAAGUGACGUCGACCGCAAGCGCGCACGAAGCAGCGCCGGCCGCGGCCUCGACCUCAACCUCAACCUCUUCGUCGAAGACGACAACACCGCCGGCAACGAUGACGACGACGACGCAGUCCCGAGCGACAUAACCCACGAAGGAGACGACUCCGGCGAGCACAGCCACCCGCACCACCACCACCAUCACCACUACCGCCUCCUCGAGUCCAUCGCCACGCGCGUGGUCACCCUCCUCGGCAACGGUGGCCCCGAAGACGCCGCGGCGGCCGCCAUCCGCGAGAGGCUCGCCGGGCAGCUCGACGACGGCCGGGAGCUGCGCGUCGACGGCGAGGCGGCGGAGGCGCUGGCGGCGGCGCGGGGGCACUUCGUCGACGAGGUGCUGGAGAGGUGGGCGGCGGAGGUGUUUGAACCGGCGGCGGCAACGGUCAAAAAUGGCGGGAAGGCGGUGGUGCUGGGGGUGGGGCCAGGGGGUAGCGGUGGGGCCCAGGAGUCAGUGGGGUUCAUGGGCUCGGCCCUUCCAAGUAGGGUCCACGUGGACUGA